AUGCGAGAAAAAUGUGCAUUUGGGGUUGCCUCAGGCAAAUUUUUGGGGUUUCUCGUUUCUAACCAUGGUAUUGAGGUAAAUCCUUCUCAGAUCAAAGCAAUAGAGGAGAUCCCUAAUAUCCUUACGAGUAAAAAAGAAGUCCAAAUGCUAACGCGCGGAACCGUGCCUACUGACAAAAGAAAAGCUUAUGCACUUCGCAAAAAAGCUGCUCGUUACUGUUUACAUCAAGGAAAUCUUUAUCGAAAGAUGUUCGGUGGGCCAUUAUCAAGGUGUCUCGGACCUUCCCAAACAGAAUAUUUGAUGAGAGAAGUACAUGAAGGACAUUGUGGAAAUCACGAAGGAGGAAGGUCGCUGGUAAAAACGAUGAUUCGAGCAGGGUAUUAUUGGCCUAAAAUGGAAGAAGAAGCAAAUGGUUUCGUGUCCCAGUGUGAUAAAUGUCAAAGAUAUGGCAAUAAUAUGCAUAGACCAGCUGAGCUAUUGCACCCU